AUGCAGACUCCUGCGAGUUCCGCCAACGCUCCAGGCGCAAUGCCCACUCUUGACAAAACAUCAGAGCAGCUCAAAUUGCAAUUCAAGGUUCUGGGGACUCUCUUUCCCGGUUCCAAUCUGAAACAUCUCUUGGAAAAGAGUCAAAGUGAACUCCUCGAGCUGCUUAGCAUAAACCAUGUCUCUCCACGCAACAAGAUGCAACAGUUGCCUCCUCAUAUACCCAUCACGCCAGGUCCACCCCCCAUUCUUCCUCAAAGACGAGAAGAAGAUGGCCAGUUUGCCUCCGGCUCACCUGCUGACGGGUCCGCCCCCGUAUCGGAAAAUGGUGAAGCAGCCGAGGAACGCCAAUGGGACGAAUAUCUUGACCAACCUGCUGCCGUUGCCAGUAACGAUAUCAAUGCCCUCGGAUUGGCUGCAGACAAUCAUCCUGCGCGCUCUUAUCUCGGCGUAACAUCCAUGAGCGCCGUAUUCAGGACCGUCUUCCAAUUGUGUCCUGCCGCCGAGGAGCAUACCAACAAAUGUGCCAGAUCACUGACUGCAGUGCCCUCGCAAGCACAACUGGAGGCGCCUAUUAUCGGCAGAGACCCAGCACUGAGUGCUCUGCGGGAAUAG